AUGGUUGCCGCCAUCGUCCUGGCGGCGGCCUGUCUGUGCGCCUUGUCGGUGGCGCACAGCACCGGCGCUCGCAGGGCGGUCGCACCUGACGAGGAGGAUAGCCCGCCGCUGGAGGAGGAGGAGGAGCAGCCCGAGAUUGAGGUGCAGUCAAUAGAAAGCGAGCCAGGACCAGGCAGCGAGCCAGAGCCUGCCAGCAAGCCGCAGCACGAGGAGUACCCAGAUCGCCUCCCGGCGGACCGGCUCGGCAAGUGGCGCAAGUAUGCGAGGGCAAGGCAUUGCCCGCUGGAAGACCGGGACUACCAGCAGAUCUUCAACGACCUGUGGCCGUACCGCGAGGCAGGCGGUAUUAGCGGUACUGCAGUGGCAGCUGCGCGGCGCUCGCUACCAGACCUGACGGGCGUGCUGACGAUACGUGACGGCAAGGUGGUGGUGGACAAGAGCGUGCCACCGGGCCUGCCCUUUGGCGGUCUGGGCUGGUACAAGCAGCAGGCAGCCGACUUUGCCGCGGACCUGCCUGACAUGAAGCUUCUCAUCAGCUUCCACGACCUGCCCCGCUCCUGGGUUGCCCCGCUGCCCGCCGCCGUGGAGACUGCCCUGGCAGACGGCAGCAUGGACCCGGAGCAGGCCUGGCUGCAGCACGCCUGCGAUGCCGUGGGCCUCAACAAGGCGAAGCCGCUGCACGGCGUGUUCAGCCGGGGCAGGGACGCCGGCAGCGAGGCGUUCUGGGCGGCGCGAGGCCCCAUCCCCAUCCUGUCGGGCUCCAAGAUCCCGCGCUGCUUCAGCGACAUUCUGGUGCCCCGCAAGUGGCCCAGCAGCCAGGCCCGGGAGAACAGGGCCAGCCUCCACUCCGGCUGCCCCAUCAGCAGCAUGCCGUGGGACGAGAAGGCAAGCUUUCGCUGCUGCUCAUGCAUGCAUGCAUGCCAACCAAGCGCCGCGUGCGCCCGUGCAGAGACGUGGCAGCUCUUCCAGCGCCAGCGGCUGGUCAACCUGUCCCGCCAGUACCCCGACCACCUGGAUGCCGCAUUCACGCGGUACGUGCAGUGCGACAAGGCAUCCUGUGCCGCCAUGAAGGAGCAGUACGGUGCUGCCGUCAAGCGCUCCGCCGCCCAGUUGUACAGCCACAAGGCGGUGGUCGUGGUGGACGGCAACGGCGCCUCGUCCCGCCUCGGCGCGGCCCUCUGCUCCGGCUCCGUGCCCCUGGUGGGCCAGCUGUUCCGCGAAUGGUUCUUCUCCCGCCUGGUGCCGCACCGCCACUACCUGCCCCUCCACAACUAUGACAACCUUCCCAGCAAGGUGGAGUGGAUUCGGGAGCACGACAAGGAGGCGCGGCAGGUGGCGGCGGCCGCCUCGCAGUACGUCAACCACAAGCUGCGGGCGGAGGACCACAAGUGCUACAUGUAUCGCCUCUUCCUGGAGUAUUCCGACAUUUAUAGGGAUGAUGAAGAGGAGGGCGGCGGCGAUGGCGGCGGUGUCACGGCGGCGGCCGAGCAGACGGAGGCGGCAACUGCUGAGCAGCAGGCUGCCGAGCAGGCGUAG